AUGGCUUCUACUCGCUUCGUAUUGCUCAUUCUAGUGGCUCUAGUGGCCACUUCAGCAGCCUUUUCUUCCUGCGAAGCUGGCAGAGGCGCUUGCGUCGCUUCUUGCAUCGCUCAGGUACUUUCCUUUCUUUCUUGAGUUUUGAUAAUCUGUUCGGGCAAAGUCGGAAUGGUGGAGAGCCGCUAAAAGGAAAAGGCUCAAAAAGGCCGCAGAAAGGCAGGAAAAAGAGUCCCUAUAUUGCGCCUUCCAUUUUUCUUGGAUUUUAAAGGUCAGAAAGAGGAGAGACAGCAAAAUUGGUGCGUGAAAGCCAAUGAAAUGGCGCAAAAAGGCACCAAAAAGGUAAAGUCUCUAUGGAGCCCUUUUUCGACUUAUGUAUGAAGUAACACUUUGAGGAUGAGGACAUAUCUUAUUAUUGCCCAUAUUAGCUCAUAACUGUUCAGAAUUGCGGCACGGGGUACUGCGAACACCGUGGAGGACGUGCAACUUGCGUUUGCUCGAGAUGCGGUCAAGGCGGACAAAAUAUUCCCGGUGGAAAGUAA